UGCGACCUGCGCUCCUGUCAUGCACGCCAGAAGAAAUUGGUGGGCUGAUCGCCCGGCGGGGACUGAACCACAUCCCUAGAUGAUACUUGUAAAACGACGUUUCAUCAAUUUUGCAAGCUCUCAUCAACAGCACGCUUCGAUCAAACUCCAGAAUAAAUCCAUCACCUUUGUCAAGAGAGUCUAAACCACCGAAAGAUCCCGUUUUUGUUUCUACAGAGCACCGGUCAUUUUUGUGAGCAAUGCCUCUGAGGACCGGACUUUUUCUGCUUGUAGUGCUGAUUGCAUCUGCAUAUGAACUGGAUCAGAAUGAAUCCUUUUCGCCAAGGAGAACGCGUUUCUCCGUCAACAGCCCUUCAGAUGUAGCUCGCUGCCUGAACAGUGCCCUUCAAGUGGGCUGUGGUGCCUUCGCCUGUCUGGAGAACUCCACGUGUGACACAGACGGCAUGCAUGACAUCUGCAAGUCCUUCCUGUACAGUGCAGCCAAGUUUGACACUCAGGGCAAGGCCUUUGUGAAGGAGAGCCUAAAGUGCAUCGCUAAUGGAAUCACGUCAAAGGUCUUCCUCACAGUGCGCCGGUGCUCCACAUUUCAGCGGAUGAUCUCUGAGGUGCAGGAGGAGUGCUACAGUAAGCUCGAUAUCUGCACAGUGGCUCGCUCCAACCCUGAUGCCAUCGCUGAGGUGGCUCAGCUCCCCGGCCACUUCCCCAACAGGUUCUAUGGAAAACUUCUGCAAAGCCUGAUGGAGUGCGAUGAGGAGACCGUGGACCUCCUGCGGGCAAGCCUGGUGACCCGUCUGGGGCCCGAGAUCACCAUGCUCUUCCAGCUGCUCCAGAGCAAACCGUGCCCGUCCGUCUCGGCAGACCCGGCUGCGCCCACAGGCAUGGAGGCACGAGGGGGCUGGAGGUGGGCCGUGGGCCCCCCAGUUUACAAGAGCCAACCCAGCCUGCGCAACAGGGACUCUGCUAGCCUUUUUGGGAAGAAGCACAACAACGGUGACAGUUCUUAAUCUCUCUGCUAUGAAAAAAUGCAACCAUUAAAUGCACACAGCCAUGCAGACACACACACACACACACACAGACACACAAACACUCACACAUUUACAUGUACUUUAAACAGACAUCACAUCACAGUAAGACACAAACAAGCAGUGGUCUCCUCCCUUGGGUGUUUUCGAAUCAGUCCCCUCCACGUUGGGGAAAAAAUACACCUUUGGUAGGAACAGAUUCUGGGUCAGGUAUAUUUAGGUAUAAGUCAUUACUUGAUUGAUUGAUGAUGAGAUGAUGGCUAAAGAGGAACGAUUGCACUUCAGAUUGAUAACAUAAAUCCUUUCCAGUGUGAUUACCAGUGUGGUCACCAAAACACAAAAUGGCAGCAAUUCUUGGCAUUCCAUAGGUAUGCAAAGUUUCUGUUUUCAUAAGCUGAUAGAGAAACAUGUCUGUCUUACAGUCUUAAAAAAACAGUAAGUAAAAAAACUGGGUAACUAUUAAAAUCUCACAGCAAUGCUGUGCCUACAAGCGCAUUGUGGAAACAUGUUUCGACUGGGGCAGGUACUAUGUGCCCUGUUGGGUGCUGUUUCGACAUUUGACACCCUCUUUAGAAUCACAGAUUAGUCCCGUGUUUAUGUUCAUCCCAGUUUACUGUAUGGCGAUUUUGGCACCUUUCCCCCCAAUCUAAUGGAAUUAUCUGGCGUUAGCACCCUUUGUGACAUAUGUUCACCAUGUCUCUGAGUCCUUCCACCCCUGGAUCACCAAGCACACAAACAAUCUCUUAAACAUCAGACCAGGAUUCAUUUAUAUGGGUCACGGACACCAUACAAUGCACAAAUCUACAGAUGUGAGCAACCAGAGAUGUAAUUAUGUUAUUUACAAUUAACUUAAAAUAUUAAACAAUCCUAGCAUACAACUGGCAUUUUGUUAGGGGGGGAGGGGGGGAUCUACUGGUGGUGUGAAAUUGUUGGUAAUGUGCUGUAAUAAUACAGAGUGUAAUAUUUAUUUAUGAGCUAAUAUCUUUAAUACUUCAGGCUAUUAAUUAAGAAUUGCCACAAGCCUUUUUGUGUGAAAGGUCUCUGUAAAAAUAGCAGACUUGAUCAUUAAGUUUCCUAACAACCUUUAUGCAGGAAUCUAUUAGAAAGACCAAAAACUUAAAAGAAAGAAAAAAAUGGAAAAAAAAAACCCUAAUGACCACUCCCAAUGUCAUAUGAGACAGACAGAGAAUCCAUGUUUGAAAACACAUCAUACUUUUUUAUGCCGCAUUUCAUCAAACACCAGUGUGUGGAGAGGAACUGGUUAACUACGUGCACCUGGCAAGUCCCACUCUAGGUCACAUGGGAAGCUACUGGCCCCCUCAUUGGACGGAUGAACAACAUGCUCCCUGGUGAAUAUGACAUAGAGUGGGUUCAAGCACACUGUUCUCACAGUGGUGCUACAACUAUAUAUAUAUAUAUAUAUAGUUUAUAAAUAUACUCAUAUAAAUUACUAUUUAAAAAGCAAAUCUUUGUUAAUUUGUUAUUAAUAUUUAUUUUCCUACUACAUUAUUUAAAAGUUUAUUUUAUUAUGUUGCUGGGUAUUAUUGGUUUGUCUGCUAGAGUUAGUUUACAGAUAUACAUUUUAAAGUGCAGUUUAAUUGUUGGGCACCCAUUUGUUUUGUUUUGAGGUUUUUUUUCAAAGAUGGUGGCCAUCAUAGUCAAAUGACACAAGCUACCAUUCCCUCUACUCUCCACCGAGUUGGCUGUAUUGAACUCAUGUUAUGACUCUGUGCUGGUCAUAGGGAACACGUUGGUCAUUCUGGUCGGGUGAACUUUGUGAAAGUGUUACAUGGGGCCCAUUGCAAAAAAGGAAGUAAAAGUCAACUUCAUUAGCAUUGGAAAUUGUGUAUUUGUGCAGAGUCAAAAAGACUGUUGUUUAGAGUAUUUUAUCAGCUAUUAUAAUCUGCCUGCAUUUUAGGGAAAGUGUGUCCAUUUUCCAAACACAGCUGACCAUGUUAUGUGGGACAUACAUAGGACAUAUGAUUUUAGCCAUGAUUCUGUACAUGCACAGACACACAAACAGUUAAACUGGAAUAGUGAACUGCAAAGUGUUUGCUGGAUCCACUCUUGACACUAUGCAAUAUACAAUGUUUGUGAAAAGCCUAUUUUUUUUCUGAAAGUUUAUCCUUGGUGAAAUAGGAGUGAUUGCUCCAUAAGUGCUUCAUGAGAAGUGGCGGAAUAAACAGAGGCUCGAGGGCAAUGCAUUUUUACAGAGCUUGUGCUUGGCUGAGGUUGACCUUCAUAAGAGUUACUAAAGGCUGAAAGCUGGAGGGAAGAUGACUGUUUUACCAUACCAAAUGAUGUGCAAAGCUGAAAUAACUCUCACAACUAUGCAAUAAUCUCUCUAUAGGGAGGCUGAACACUAAACUCCACAGAACCCUAGUGCAGAGCAGGGCCAGAUGAGACUAGUAGGGCUGUAGCUGAGGUUUCCUUUGCAGUCUUGCAUACUUUUGUAUGCAGGUACUGCAAAUCUGUACCGAGUUCAAAUGAUAUUUUAGUUACUGGAUUAACUGUGGCUGAUAUCCCUUUCCUCCCCCAGAUAUUUUCAUUUGAAACGCUUUAGCUAGCCGUGCACAUACGCGUGACUUCUAAAGGACGCCAGUAUGAGAAUAACCAGUGCCAAUGCAGAGGACUGUGAAUGCAUGCUGCAUGCAUCCAGAUUCUUGUCUUUAUUUGCACUUUGCAUCUCUUAUAACCACUAAUGAAGGGCAUUCUGCACUCAUGCAUCUAAAACCAGUACAGGUAAUUCAGUUUUUGAAAUUUUCUAACAUCAAACACAGAAAAUUAAUAUAGAGAGCAGAGAUAUUUUUACCAAUAUACCCUGUGCACAGAAGGACCUGAUGUGAUCUAGCAUUCUGAAUCAUCUGGCUUCUUCUGAGGUAUACUCCUAUUGUUUGGGUUUAAAUGUGAUGUGUCUGUCUCCUAGAUACCAGGGAAUUUCCUGUACCAAAAUGGUUUGCUGCUAAUUCACUUACUGAACUGUGUGUCUCAGUCAGUCCGCCAUUCCGUUCCACUGCAGAACGAAGCAAAUGUCACGAAAAUGACACUUAAAUGUUUCUUAUCUGUGUUAAGAGGUCACUGUCAAUGUUAUCACCUCCAUCUCAAAAUACUGGAAAUCCUCUAGUCAGUUCCAUGAAAGAACCAAGCACAAAGGACAGAACCACGUGGAUUCAUUGUGUGUGUUGAAUUUCUUUUCCCCUUGCAUUGCAUAAAUUCCUACUUGUGGGUGUAUGUGUAUGUCAAUAGCAUCCUAUGAUUAUCAAGUCACUCAUUUGCUUACAAAUCAAAAGAUCUGAUAGAUUUAGUGAACUUAAAAGAGAAUGUAUCUUAAAUUAAAUGUCUGUAUAAGUGGGAAUGAGUGCCCUUGCCAAGAUGGUGUAAUGUUAUAUGACAGUGCCCUGGUCAUUACAGCACUGAUGCGAUUGUGUCCAUAAGCAGAACUCAUGUGUGGCUAGCAAGGCUGUAUGAAUGAAUCAUUAGAUGCUGAUAUUUGUUUGAUAGAAACAUACCCAAAACAAAACUCAGUCCAAUUGAAAACGAGCAUUAUUUUUGUAUUUAUUCCCGUAAAGUUAAACACUUCUUGAAGAACACAGCUGAAGAUCUGUAGAUCAUGCUUUUCUUCUGUAAAAAGCCCUGGCUUUGUGUUCUCCCUCUUGAUACUUUGAACUUUGGUGAUUGGGCUCCCUUGAGCCACUGAGCUGAAUGGUACUCUACUCCCUCAUCUUCAGACUUGAACUCAAGAUCACUCUCCCCAUUUCUUACUGUCUUUGUUUGUUUCUUUGUUUGUUUUGUUUUGUUUUCUGUAUGUGUCGGUCAAACAAUGUUUUGUUUGAUUCCAGAUUUCCUUAAAGGUUUAUUUCCCCUAUUUGAUCAGUCACUAAAUCGAAAUCAGAGGUGAAUACAUUCUCAAGGCAUUCGUAGAGAUUAUUUGUCCUAAAGUUCAUAAUGUUACGCAUGAUUGAAUCUUGUGAUUUAUUUGCACUUUAUUGUGUACCCAUAUACAUAUAUGCCCAUAUAUAUGUAUGGGUUUUUUCUCUGUGCUGAAAAGUUAAUGAAAGAUACAAAUGUAUCAACUAUGUGUCUUUUUGCUGUUAAAAAAUAAACUAUGAACAUAUCUGGCAUAUGGUA